CAAUAGCCAUCUUUAUUCAAUUAGACAGAAUUGCAGGGAGUGCGAGUAUCGUAGUUAUACUUCUUCUUGUAGGGAUAUUGUACUGCGUUGGUUAUUCAGAGUUUGAGCAAGGAUACAUGCCUGAAGUAGCUGAAGUUGCACAUGUAUGUGCCUUAUUGAGAAGAAAUAUAUUGGGAUUUAGAAUAUCUCGAGCCAAUUUACAAAAUGACCCCUUGUUGUUUCCUGCUUUAAAAGCUUCUAGUGAUCCGAAUGCAGAAUUAGCUAAAUUAUCAAAUAGUUUAACUAAUUCUGUAAUCGAUUCAGUAGGACGACAUGGAAAAUACUUCUGGUUAAGAUUAAAAUUAGCUAAUAAUACAGAAGGCACGACUGGAGUAUUUCUCAUGCAUUUUGGUAUGACAGGAAUGAUUAAAAUCAAAAAUGUUAAAUCCCAUUUAAUAUUUAUGGAAAAUGGAGGUGACAAAAAGGUGCUUGCAAAGCUUAAGGAGGAAGCUACCGAGUCAAAAUACUUUAAAAAAGAAGAGGUCAUUAUAGAGAAAGAAGAAAUCAAUGAAGAUGAGGAUGUAGAAUGGCCUCCGAGGUUCACAAAGAUGGAAUUACAAUUAGAAUAUCAAGAUAGAAAGCUUGAUUUUGCUUUCGUUGACGCCCGAAGAUUAGGUAGAGUUCGACUUCUAAUUGGAGACGAAUACCAAACUGAUGAGAGUUUAUUGAAUCAGCCUCCGUUAAAUGCAUUGGGGCCGGACUAUUCUAAACCUGUCAAACUUGAUAAAAACUAUAAAUUUACAUUCGGAGAUCCUGAUCCAGAUAACCAUGGACGUCCAAUUCUUUCAAUAGAGGACUUCAAUCAAUUAAUACUUAAGAAAAAGGCACCUAUAAAGAGCUUAUUGUUAGAUCAGGCAUAUUUUGCUGGUGUUGGGAAUUGGGUAGGUGAUGAAAUAUGUUAUCGUGCUAGAAUCCAUCCUACAGAAAUAAUAUCUAAUAAAGUUUCCAACCUAAAUAAUAAUAUUGAUCCAGUAGUGAAGAAAUUAUAUGAAUCUCUUAUUUAUGUGUGCCAGGAGAGUGUUAGGGUUGAAGGAGAAGUAUCACAAUUUCCCAAAGAUUGGUUGAUGAUAUAUCGAUGGGGUAAAUCCAGAAAGAAGGGACCAAAGCCAACUACCUAUGAGGGAUAUGCCCUUGACCACGUAACAGUUGGGGGUCGUACAAGUUGCUUUGUUCCUGCAUUACAAAAACCUCUAAAGAAGAGAACUAUAGGAGAAGAAACUGGCGGUGAAAGCGGAGAAGCGGCCCCUAAGAAAAGAGCUAAGAAAGGAGUAAAAAUAGAGUGAGAACUUUACAAAUGUGUAGCACUUAAACGUGGAUUCUUCUUUUUUUUUAGGUUCGGGCUAGAUUUAGAUAUUGUAUUACAAAGUCCGUCUGCCCUAUUUGUCAAAUCUUUGCUUUGUUCUACCCCCACAUUUUUUUUAUCUCUUCUCCACAAAACGUCACCUAAAUUUUUGCGUGCACAUAACGGUUGGUACGCCAAAGCCUAAGGCUUUGUAGUCAUUUAUAUAUGUGCUUAUGAUUAAAUAUAUAUCUAAACAUUAGCAUUGUCUGUGUCCUUAAGGGACUUCUUAUUAAUACAAAUAUCCAAAGUAUCUUUAGCUAUCACCUCUUGCUAAUUCUUGGUUAUAUCGUGACUCUUGCUAUCUUGAGUUAUACGAGAUUCA